AUGCCAAUUUUUUCAGGUAGUUAAUAACUGUUAUGAAAGGUUCAUCUCAGAGUUCGAAGGAGUACAAGAACGCAACGUUGGUUACCAUGAAAUGCUUUUUUGUUUUAAUUUUCUUAUUUUCGAAAUCAAGUGGCUUUUUGAAUGGAACUUAUUUUAAUAAUUCUAGUGAAGUUUCCACCGGUUUAGCAGAAACAAUCAAUGGACUGAAACCUCCGCAAUUAGCAAUAUUCAUAGAUUGCACAUAUAACUUUGGUGAAAUAGACGACUUUUUGCAUUUAAUACACAUGCGAUAUUACAAGUCUUUGAUUUUCCACGACGUUGAGCUCUAUUUUCAGUUCAUUGAAAAAAGUAUUCGUAGUUCGAUUGAGAGUUUCAGUUUAAUAUUUGGUGAGCCGUUUGAUUUGGUGAAAACAAUUAAAAGGCGGAAGCUUGCCCAUCGACUGAAUUUGUUUAUAUUUUAUUGGGGAGCAAAACGAGCCCCAAAGAAUUGUGAAGUUAAAUUUGAGGAACCAAUGCGAGCGGUUGUAAUUACACGGCCAAGAAAAAAAGCUUUUCGGAUUUACUACAAUCAAGACACACCUACGGAAUCAGGAACAUUAAAGUUGGUAAAUUGGUUCGACGCCGAAAGUCUUGGACUAUAUCACACGCCUCUACUGCCAUCUUCCACUAAAGUUUAUUCGAACUUAGCCGGGAGAGUACUGCGCGUUCCGGUUUUUCAUUCUCCUCCUUGGUUUUGGGUGAAUUACGAAAACGAGAACGAAACUGCAAAUUAUUUAUUUGACGACUGGGAAUACGAUACAGAUUUGAGUUUGGAAGCUUUUCCUGAUUACAAGGAAGUCAAUGUGACGGGUGGAAGGGAUCAUCGGCUGUUAUCCUUACUGGCUAGCAGUAUGAAUUUUAAUUUUAUUUACAUUGAUACUCCAGGCAGAACUCAAGGUUCUUUGAGGACCGAUGAUGAAAGCAAUACAUCUUUUACUGGUGGCAUAGGACUUUUACAGCAACGGAAAGCUCACUUACUUCUUGGUGAUGUUAGUCUUAGUUGGGAACGAAGACGUGCUGUGGAGUUUUCAUUUUUUACUUUAUCGGACUCUGGAGCUUUUGUUACACAUGCUCCACGUCGAUUAAAUGAGGCUUUGGCGGUCUUGAGACCUUUCAAAAGGGAUGUAUGGCCUUUUCUUAUACUAACUCUUGUUCUAUCAGGACCAAUAUUGUACAUGAUCAUUGCAAUUCCAUACAAGUUCUCAUUUAAGAAAAAAAGACUCGGUAGAAUACAUUUUUAUGCUGAUUAUUUAAAUGAAAUAACCCCUAUAAGACCGGCAUUGAAAAUGACUUCUGAUAUUAUAAAUCAGGAGCAAAAUGAAGUCAUGCCAAAGAAUUUAUUGGAACGAUGUAUAUGGUUUACAGUUCAAUUGUUUUUAAAACAAUCAUGUUCCGAACCUUAUAACGGAUAUAGAGCUAAGUUUCUGAUGAUUGUGUUUUGGAUAUCUGCUACUUAUGUCCUGGCUGAUGUUUAUUCUGCCCAACUUACCUCGCAAUUCGCUAGACCAGCUCACGAACAACCUAUUAACAAUUUACAAAAGCUACACCGAGCUAUACUAAGAGAAGGGUAUCGACUGUAUGUGGAAAAGGAUAGUUCAUCGCUGGAGAUGCUCCAGAAUGGAACUGAAAUAUUUCGGAAUUUAUACGCGCUUAUGAAAAAGCAAACGGAUUACGAAGGCUAUUUGAUCGAUUCAGUUGAAUCAGGAAUUAAGCUCAUUGCUGAUGGUUUGGAGAACAAAGUGGUGAUGGGAGGUCGAGAGACUCUUUACUUUAAUAUGAAGCAAUUCGGAUUUAAAACGUUUCAACUAAGUCAAAAACUAUACACUCGAUACUCGGCCGUCGCUGUUCAACUUGGUUGUCCGUUUCUUGAUAGUCUUAACGAAGUAUUAAUAAGGCUCUUCGAAGGUGGAAUUCUUGAAAAAAUGACUAACGCUGAGUAUGAAGCCCUUUCCCGAUUAGUUGAUGUGAAUGGAUUGACGAAUAAGUUCGAACAACAAGACGGUGUAAACAGCAACGCUGCCGCCGCCACCACUGACAACAACAAAGAAAACAAAAAAUUUAAAAACCAGAGCUCUGAUUACAUAAUACAGCCAAUAAAUUUGCGAAUGCUACAAGGAGCUUUUAUAGCGCUUGGUUUUGGAUGGGGACUAGCUGUUGGAAUAUUUCUCUUGGAAUUCUUCUUCGGCAACCAAUAUUUUUCCGUAUUGAAAAGAUUGAAUGGAUGCUUUCAACAACUAUGUCGAAGGUUAAAAUUAACUUGUCAAAAUUACUGGAAGCGAUAUUUUUGUAAUUUGGUGCGUUUUUUAAACAGUCGAAGGAAUUAAGUGUUCUAUUAAAAAAAAUAUUAAUAAAACUAA